GGUUUCCGUUUUCUCAGUCUAACCGUCGCGGCUCGCUCUGGCCGCCCUCGAGCGAUCGCGGGUUUUGAAUUGUUAACGGUCCCUGCGGUUAAAACUUUACUUCUUUUAAGUGAUCUUCUCCUCUCUCGAAGCGUUUGUACGCGUAUUUUUUUUUCGAUUGUGCGAACGAAUUACCGAUGUAAAAGAAGAAAAGAAAUACAUAAAUUCCUUCUGUUUCGUUGCACCGCCUGAGAAGGGAGUUCGUGUUUUUUUUUCUUUUCGCGGCCCCCAACCCUUCCCCCACCCCCCAAUCUCUUUUCCCCGGUGUGAGGGGAUUUUCCUAAGGCCCCCUUCCUUAUUCACCCUUGCUUUCGGCCCCGGAGUCCGGGUCCCCUGUCCGGCUGCCGGGAUGGGCUGCACCAUGAGCGCAGAGGACAAGGCGGCGAUGGCCAGGAGCAAAAUGAUCGACCGCAACCUGAAGGAAGACGGCGAGAAGUCGUCCAGGGAGGUCAAACUUCUGCUGCUGGGUGCCGGAGAAUCUGGGAAAAGUACCAUUGUAAAACAAAUGAAAAUCAUUCAUGAGGAUGGGUACUCUGAGGAGGAGUGCAAACAAUAUAAAGCAGUGGUUUAUAGCAAUACAAUUCAGUCCAUCAUUGCUAUAAUCAGGGCCAUGGGGCGUUUGAAGGUUGAUUUUGGAGACCCAACAAGAGCAGAUGAUGCCCGACAGUUGUUUGUCUUAGCGGGAACCACAGAGGAAGGGAUCAUGACAGCAGAACUUGCAGGAGUUAUCAAACGAUUGUGGCAAGAUGGUGGUGUUCAGGCUUGUUUUGGUAGAUCCAGAGAAUAUCAGCUGAAUGACUCUGCGUCAUAUUAUUUGAAUGAUUUGGAUAGAAUUUCCUUACAAGGCUACAUUCCAACUCAACAAGAUGUUUUGAGAACCAGAGUGAAAACUACAGGCAUAGUGGAGACGCACUUCACCUUCAAAGAUUUGUAUUUUAAGAUGUUUGAUGUUGGAGGUCAGAGAUCAGAACGGAAGAAGUGGAUACAUUGCUUUGAAGGCGUAACUGCAAUAAUAUUCUGUGUGGCUUUGAGUGAUUACGAUCUUGUGCUUGCUGAAGAUGAGGAAAUGAACCGAAUGCAUGAAAGUAUGAAACUUUUUGAUAGCAUUUGCAACAACAAGUGGUUUACAGACACAUCGAUUAUUCUGUUCCUGAAUAAAAAAGAUCUGUUUGAAGAGAAGAUUAAGAGAAGUCCUCUGACAAUUUGUUACCCAGAAUAUACAGGAUCCAACACGUACGAGGAAGCUGCAGCAUAUAUUCAGUGUCACUUUGAAGAUCUGAAUAGACGAAAAGAAACCAAAGAAAUCUACACUCAUUUCACGUGUGCCACAGAUACCAAGAAUGUGCAAUUUGUGUUUGAUGCAGUGACAGAUGUCAUCAUCAAAAAUAAUUUGAAGGAAUGUGGAUUAUACUAGGACUUGUUAUUGAGAGCACACUCAGGUUUUUUUUGUUAAUAAAAGAGCCUGCAAGUGGACCAUUUUAUUCCCUGGUUAUGCUGCCUGGCAGAGGUCAAAAGCGAAAUGACUGACGUCACGAGGGAGGCUGCAUGCAAGAUAUUCGAUACUAAAUACGUAUUACGAACACUUUUUAAAAAUUGUGUUUUAGUCUGAAAUGAGUAACGUACAUAAUGUACUUUUAACUGAUUCAGCAGUGUUGGGGGAAGAAAAAUUUUGCUUUUUCAUUUCCAGUUCUCUCUGUCUUUGGUUUGUUGAUACGCAAUUGUAUUGAAUGAUCGAUAGGUGACUUAAUCUAUGAUCGUUGUUAUUUUUUUGGAUGGUAUUUCAUUAAGUGUUUUUGAUCCCUAUUUCUUGCAAAAUAUAGCUAAAUUUUAUAGCGAGAGUUGUUGAAACUUGUUUUGUUAUAACUGAUCAUCACUGCUUUCACUCAUUCUAAUUGAUGUUUGGACCAAUAUGAAAUUCAAGCAUUGUAUUAAGUUGUAUUUCUUUUUAACAUAUAAGAAAUUAUGUUCUAUGACAUUGAUUGUAGAACUGAUUGGCCCAACAAAGAGAAACUAAAUACUUUUGUAGUCCAAAAACCAUUGCAAGUUAUUUCAAGUGUAUUUAUCCAGUUAAAAAGCAAUAUUAAGAUCCACAGACAAUAGUAACUCGUGAACUGAUGAUUUAGCAACUUAGUAUUAUCCUCUAGCUUUAUGUAAAACAAUGCACUGCCAUUGAAAUUUCAAGUGCCAUCUAUUGUUCAAAGUUUGCCAAAUAAUAAAACAAUGCAUGGCUUUAAAUCUAGCCAGUUAAAAUCAAGCCAAAUUACCUGUUAUGUUUUACUUACUUUAAUUUCAGAUUUGAAACCUUGAUUUUUUUUUCUUAACUGCAAUGAUUUUGAUCUGGAACUCCAUUAAACUGAGUUCAUGCUUCCUGUUCAUUUCAGAAUAUGAAUAAAAUUACCGUGACCGAAAAAGAAUUUAGAAUAUCAGUUAUGAUCUUGUGAAGUAGAAUUGUACUUCUGUCACUAGAUUAUUUUUGUAAUAUAGCACUGCCAUGUAGACCCCAAGAAAAAAAACAUUAAAAAUCUAACUUCAUGUUUUAAGAGGUGAUAGAUAUUUAGGAACUUCCUUUUAUCCUCUGUAAAAAGGCUAUGUACCUCAAGCAGACAAAGAGUCUUUGCCAUAUUUGUUCAUAACAUUUACCAUGGUUGGUUCACUUGCCAUAGUAUUGUUAAAUAUUGCCAUGUUUAUAACAAGGAACCCCUGUGAACUCUGCAGGUUCUACCUUUCCCAUGCAUCUGCACACUAAAGUAGUAGUAGUCACAUCAGUUAUGUCGAAGAUUACAACUCACUGUUUUAAAGAUAGCUCUGAAAGUUCAUCAAGCAAGUACAUCUUCCAUUCCAAUCCAUUUUUAUGAUCAUUAGUUUAUUUGUAUUUAUUGUCAAGAAUUGGUAUGUUUGUUAACAGAUUAUUUUCUACAUGAAUUUGCCAAUGUUAUUGCCCUUGGGCCUCAAACCCAUGUUAUGCAGACAGUUUUAGAGAGGAAAUGAUGGUUGUGAAUGAUGGGAUAAGUGAUUUUGAAUGGGCAUUUUUAAGUGACUGAAUCAAAAUGAAGUCAAAACCUUGCUGUUAGUGAAGCUUGGUUUCAAAUCCCAUAGUAAUUACAUUUCUAAAUAGUCAUUGUAUAUUGUUGUUAUAGUAAAUAUAUACUUAUAGAAAUACAUGUUUUCUGUAUUUUUGUUGCAUUUGUUGCCUCUGCUGAAUGAACAGUUUUGUUUGUAUUUCUAUUACUCCUAUAUUUGAGGCUGGGCCAGAAUUCCUUCUGUGAUCUGUCACUGCUGGAAUAAGUGCCAUAUGUUGAAUUUCCUGUACAUAACUUGUGAUAUCGUAAUCAUUAACGUUUACAAGGGACUUUGAUACAUAUUUGGCAACAGAAUUUUAAGGGAAUGGGAAGUUUGGACCAAAAUAGACUGGCUGCUUCUGAUGAGUUUUUGUGAUCUGUGUGUUUGAACAGCAAUCCUUUUCACAAGAUUUGAUGUGAGCAAGGCUCGUAGAACACGAAUAUGGGAGAGUGGGAGGAGAUAAGAUAUUUUUAAAAAGUAAAGUUGCCAAUUGAUGAGUUACAUGUAGUACAAGCUAAGCAAGAACUUUGUGACCUUCAUUAUCCUCACUUAUCCAUAACUGAAGAUUUUAUCUUGAUCUGAGACACCUUUGGGGAAAAGCUACUCUAUGUAUUUUGAUCAUCAUGGUUAAAUGUAGAAUAAAACAAUUCAGUGGGAAAAGUAACCAAUGCAUUCUCUAAGACAGUUUUAAUUUCUGUAGAUAUUGUUGUGCAUUUUAAGAAUAAAGGAAGUUGCCCAUUGUACUUUUAA